AUGAUUUGCCUACAAAUAAACAAAGUGCUCAAACUACAAUCGACAUCACCAAGUAUCAGAUUACUAUCUACUUCAUCUACUGCACAUGCAUCAGCAGCAGCUUCAGCGUCAACAAGAUCAUCAUCAUCAUCAAAACAACGAUCUAAUGUUCGCAACGUCCCAUCACUUGAAGAAUUCUUAUUUCAACAACGAGUCAAACAAGUAUAUCGAGCCGUGCUUCGACAAAUCUACAAGCAUCAUGAACGUGAUGACCUAGUCAAAUUCAUGCGUGAUGAGUUCAAACUCAAUGCCAAUGAACGCGACUUGAACCAUCGAAAGUAUUUGCUAAGUUUGGGAGUUAAUCGAAUUGCAUCCAUGAGCGCUAGUUUGGGAUUGCAGAUGGACUUGUAG